GCUCGGCCGGGCCCUCGUCGCCGCCUGUUUGUGAAUGAGACGCUCAGUUUCUCAAUGGAGCCGCGGGGGGCUCGGGCGGACGCGGUGGGGCAGCGGGGCUGGCCGUGAGCCCGGAGGGGGGCGCGUUUCCCCCGCUCCCUUCCUCUCUCCCUCCUUCUCGCCACCCGGCUUUAGAGGAACGGGGCUGAGAGGCUGGGGCGCUGGUCGCAGGGCCCCGCAUCCCCGAAGACUCCUCGUCACCUUCUGGAGGAGCCGGAGCGCCGCGGAGGAAGGUGGAGGAGGCCGGCGGCCUUCGGCAAAUUUCCUCCGCGGCCCUUCGCUCUGGGCUUAGAAACUUCUUGAUUCCACAUUUCCCUUUUUAAUUCCGAUUAGCUCCUUGCCUGCUCUAUUCCCCCCCCUCCCCGGGAUAGGAGGGGGAGUGUGAGGAAAGGAACGAAGAAAAUAAAAAAGGAUUUCCGCCCAGAAGAGAGCGACAGUUCGGAGAGCUUUUUCUUAAGGAAACAGAAGCGGCGUUUGCGGCCGUUGCGGGCGCCGGACCCUGCCGGCCCAGCCAUGCGCAAGCCGGCCCGGGGCUGCUGAGGCGCGGGGACGCGGAAGCGGAGGCCCACCGCACCGGGCUCCCUGCGCUCCCGGGCGAGUUCUGUCCGCCGGGCGGCGGCGGCGGCGGCGGGAUGGAGCCCGCGACCGCGCCCCAGCCCGACAUGGCGCCGGAGCUGACCCCAGAGGAGGAGCAGGCCACCAAGCAGUUUCUUGAAGAGAUUAACAAGUGGACAGUUCAGUACAACGUUUCCCCCCUCUCCUGGAAUGUGGCUGUCAAGUUCCUCAUGGCCCGAAAAUUUGAUGUGCUCCGCGCCAUAGAGUUGUUUCACUCCUACAGAGAAACACGAAGGAAGGAGGGCAUUGUGAAGCUGAAACCUCAUGAGGAACCUCUCCGUUCUGAGAUCCUUAGUGGAAAAUUCACCAUCUUGAAUGUUCGGGACCCAACAGGAGCCUCCAUUGCCCUCUUCACUGCCAGAUUACAUCAUCCCCACAAGUCAGUCCAACAUGUGGUACUUCAGGCUCUGUUUUACUUGCUCGACAGAGCUGUGGAUAGCUUUGAAACUCAGAGGAAUGGACUGGUGUUUAUCUAUGACAUGUGUGGUUCUAAUUAUGCCAACUUUGAGCUGGAUCUUGGCAAGAAAGUCCUAAACUUGUUGAAGGGAGCUUUUCCAGCUCGUUUGAAGAAAGUGCUGAUUGUGGGGGCACCCAUUUGGUUCCGAGUGCCCUACUCCAUCAUCAGCCUCCUUCUGAAGGACAAAGUCCGGGAGAGGAUUCAGAUUUUAAAGACGUCUGAGGUCACCCAGCACCUUCCCAGGGAGUGCCUUCCAGAAAACCUGGGUGGAUAUGUCAAAAUCGACCUUGCCACUUGGAAUUUCCAGUUUCUAUCCCAGAUGAAUGGCCACCCAGAUCCCUUUGAUGAGAUCAUCUUAUUCUCCCUCCCGCCAGCCUUAGACUGGGACUCAGUGCAUGUUCCAGAUCCCCAUGCCAUGACCAUCCAGGAGUUGAUGGACUAUGUUAGUACCAGGCAGAAGCGGGGUAUAUAUGAAGAGUAUGAAGACAUCCGUCGUGAGAACCCUGUUGGCACUUUCCACUGUUCCAUGUCUCCAGGAAACUUAGAGAAAAACCGCUAUGGAGAUGUACCCUGCCUGGACCAAACUAGAGUGAAGCUGACAAAACGAAGUGGCCACACUCAGACAGAUUACAUCAAUGCCAGUUUCAUGGAUGGCUAUAAGCAGAAGAAUGCUUACAUUGGUACACAAGGCCCUUUGGAGAAUACCUAUCGUGAUUUUUGGCUCAUGGUAUGGGAGCAAAAAGUGUUGGUGAUUGUCAUGACAACCCGCUUUGAGGAGGGCGGCAGGAGAAAGUGUGGGCAGUACUGGCCUUUAGAAAAAGACUCUCGGAUCCGAUUUGGCUUCCUCACAGUGACCAAUCUAGGCGUGGAGAAUAUGAACCAUUAUAAGAAAACAACGCUAGAAAUUCACAACACAGAGGAACGGCAGAAACGCCAGGUGACCCACUUUCAGUUCUUGAGCUGGCCAGAUUAUGGUGUCCCUUCUUCGGCAGCUUCUCUCAUUGAUUUCUUGAGAGCCGUCAGGAGCCAACAGAGGCUGGCCGUCAGCAGCAUGGGAGCACGUUCCAAAGGGCAGUGUCCUGAGCCACCCAUUGUGGUCCACUGCAGUGCAGGCAUUGGCAGGACAGGUACCUUCUGCUCACUGGACAUCUGCUUGGCACAGCUGGAGGAGCUUGGCACCCUUAACGUGUUCCAGACAGUGUCCCGUAUGAGGACCCAGAGGGCCUUCAGCAUCCAGACCCCUGAGCAGUACUAUUUCUGCUACAAGGCAAUCCUGGAGUUUGCAGAAAGGGAGGGCAUGGUGCCCUCCAGCCACAACCUCCUGGCCAUGGAGGGUCAGUAACUUCCCAUGAGCCUCCUACCUGCUGGCCAGCCUUCCUUAAACUACCCUGGACACCGCUGAGCCUCUAGGUUGCCAUCAGUUAUGCUGAAGCCAUGGACCAACCUCUUUCUUGUGUCUCCCGGCGCACACGUGCACGCAAGGCAGCCUUUCCCUUUGGCUAGAUAGAUGUGGUGAAAUUGCCACUAGAAAGGGCCAGCAGCAAUGUGUUCUUAAUUCCUAGCACCUGCUAUUGAACUGUGCCUUAUUAAAACCAAAUUGUGGCUAUCGAUUUUGCCAGGGGGCCUGAGGUAAGUGGGGAAGGAAACUCCGUCCCCCCUUUCCCAAUGCCAUUCUCCUUCUUGAGGUCUCUUUCCAUUCCUUCCCUUUGCUAGGAUUUGAUGGCAAGGUUUGGUGAGCAUCCACCUCCUUCCUAGAGAGCUUGACCAAGUUACAUAUACUGAACAUCCCGAGUGCCAAGCACGUUUAUACCUAGGACGUGUAUUCCAGUCCUUUCUGUCAUUCUGUGUGUGUGUGUGUGUGUGUGUGUGUGUGUGUGCACUUAUGUGUAUGACGCCAUAUGUAUGUGUGUAUAUAAUAUAUAUUGUAUGUGAUAAUAUGAUCGUAUUCUAUAAAUACAUAUACACAGAGAUACUCCUUUGUAGAAGUUCAUGGGGCUCCUCGUUGCAGUUCAGGACUCCUUGCUUCUUAGACCCUACUGUUUAUCCUGGACUAGCUGGGGUUGGGGAUCAUGUCUCCUGUUGUCCACCUCGGAGUGGUGGAAGAGGAGGACGCACGCAUCCACUUUCCAUGCUCCUGCCACAGGCCAUCCUCCCUGACUUACCACUCUCCAGGAUGCUGCCUGUUAGAGCCAAGAAUACUGGUUUGUGGUGACACUGGUUAAUUCAGCAUGAAUUGCCCUUAUCUAAUGAUUUUUCUGUUUACUUUGCCAAUUUUGGGAAUAGACCUCCACUGUGAUUUUGGGCCCCCUCUCCCCUCUCCCUAUCCCUUGGGGAUUGGGAUCUGGGUAGAGGUGAAUUCACUGAGCAGCCAGAGCCAAAAGCAAUCGGUACGAAGUCUUAGAGAGUGAACCCAGGUGAGAGAGAGGAAACUAUUUACUCCGAGAACCCCACCCUAGGAGAAUGAGGUGAGGCCUCUUUUUCUUUUGCUAGAAGGUUCCUUUUCUUAUGCGUUUUGGCCAUAUCCACUCAGAUGCUCAUCUAUCCCUGCCUACUAGCCUGGCAGACAGCUCAAGCUGGGUGGGUUCUGUGUCAAUAAAAACUUAACCCCUUUCUGGUUGAGGCAGUCCCCUGCAGUCAGUUUUUCCCCUGUUCAUCCAACCUGUCCCUGUCUGCUCCUGGCCUGUCCAACCUGAUGUGCCAGGGAUGGAAUCAAAAGUCCCCAGCAUCCCACAUUCCUAAGAAAAUCCUGGGAACCCCUAAAACUUCUUCCCCAUCACAGAUGAGGUUGGCAGCUGAUCAGACCUCAAUAAUUUUAUACUGUAAUAAGCUCUUUGAAUGUAUAUAUUCUUAUUUUUACAAUUUUUUCAUUUUGUAUUUAACGUCAAUGGACUGAGUCAGAUUCAGAAAAUAAUUGUAAUGUUCAUAUUCAGUAUCUUACAGUGAUACAGUUUUGUAUUUACAUAUAAAUAUACCGACAUGAUCAAAUCCUUUUAGCUUCAUCAAUUUAGUAGCAGUCUGGGGCUGGGAAGGUGAGGAGGGGGGUCCAAGAGCUGGUCUGGGAGGGAUGGGGCAGCAGAGAGGAACCCAGGACCUCAGAGCCUUUCAGUUCUGAGAGCUGAUCAUCUUGUCCAAGGCCAUGGCCCAGAAGACUAAGGGAACCAGCACCAACUGAGUGCUUGCAUAGUGCCAAUCUUUAUGCUUGGUGCUUACUCCCCCCCACCCCCACUUGACCCCCAUUACUUCAUUCAAACCUCACAUCCACCCAGCGAGAUGUUUUCCUUCCCUUCUCUUUCUACAUAGAUGAGGAAGGUAAGAUCCAGAGGGUUACAGUGAAGGUACAGUUUAGCAGAUCUAGCCUGAGAACUGGAGCUCAAGUUGGUCUACUUACAAAGCCUCUGGCUUCUUUACUGUGUUACAGUCUCAAAGAUGAAAAUAGUGUUUUGUCUUUGGAAACAAGAGUUUCUCUUUUAAUGCAUCUUUCAGAGUAUAGACAAUUAAGUUCCAAGUAUUUGAUCUUGAGCUCCAUGCUGCAUGUAAUAGACUAGAAGUGUGAUAAAGUUGGUGACUGAUCCUUCUAGGUAGGACCUCCUGGUGUAGGUCCUCAGGUCUGCAGGAUAUCAGAGGGGUCAUUCUCCCAGGGAAACUCCAAUAUGUAUGGGUACACUGGUAUCUUUGUGGGAAGAUCUUGAGUCAGUUGCAUCUCUUUCUUAGAGUGGAACCAGAAGCUGUCUCCAUGUAGGACCAUUCGCCAUGCUGUGUAGCUACUCCCUGUCGAUGACCACUGACAGCUGCCCAGUUAGAGCAGUUCUGGUCUGGGGAAUGUGCAAAUAUUGGGGUGUUCUUAAUAAAAGUGACAGCAACUGA